AUGGAGCAGUAUCUCGAUCGGUGGCUAUCCAUGAGUAAAGUUGAGAAAGAUUAUGCUCGCCUGUUUGAUUUCCUUGUUAGGGAACAGUUACUGACAAAUUGCAGUUCUGAUUUACGGGUGUUCUUGAAAGAAAGGGGGUGUGAAAGCGCAACAGAGAUGGCGGAAGCAGCAGAUAGAUAUCGUAGUGCUCACGCAUAUCGCGGAAGCAAGCCUUCAAGGUCAAUGCAAAAACAGAGUUCACCAAAUGUUGAUGACAUUAAAUGCCAUGGAUGUGGAAAGCCUGGUCAUAUCCGUCCGAACUGCCCUAAUAACCCUAGAAACUUUAAACAAAAGACAGAGGGUAAAGUUAAUUUUGUCUUUCAGUCUGAGAUGAAACCACAAAAUAGUAUAAUUGAUGCAGAAGGCAAAUUGUUUGAAAAACCAGCAGAGGUUAUGUUUGACACGGGGUGUUCGACUGUAAUUGUUAAUGACAAAUUAGUGCCAGCAAGAUUUAGAUUAGGGCCUAUGGUUAAGGUCUAUGAUUAUCUUGGGGUUCCAAAUUCAUUCCCCAAAGUCAGAUGUUUUAUUCGAAGUAAAUUUUUUUCAGGGUGGAUUAGUGCCAUUGCAGCUCCCCUUAAAUUUGCAGAUGUGCUUAUCGGACUAGUUCCUGGUGUAAAAUUGCCUGGUAAGUGCGCCACUACCUCGCUCGAGCACGAACAGAGCAAAGAGGCAGGUGAUGAUGCUUCACAAGCUCUUACAAAGGAUGUUAAUGGGUCUCCUGGCGUCAUUGCUAUGAGUGUCCAGACUCGCUCAUCGGUAUCAAAAGCGGCUAAGACUACCUCAUUAGCUUGUUCAGAAUUCUUAGACCUAAAUAUAAAUAAAGUUAAUAUCAUGGAGGAACAGCUAAAUUGUCCAACACUUCAAUCUAUCAGGGAAAAUGUUAAAAGCGGAAAACAUGUGAGAGUAAAAUCACUCACAGUAAAAUUUGAAAUAAUAAAUGGACUAAUUUACAGGGUAUGUCUUGAGAGCAAAUAUGAUUAUGAAAUUGGAAGUAAGCAACUUGUUAUUCCUGAUAAGUAUAGGAUUCACGUUCUAAAUCUGGCUCAUGAUUCAUUGACUGCCGGACAUUUCUCUCAUCGGAAGACGAGUCUUAAGGUGUUUUCUAAAUUCUUUUGGCCCGGUGCUGGCGCUCAUAUUAAGAGAUAUUGCAGAUCAUGCCCGAUCUGUCAGAAGUUUUCAGCCAAGGGAACUGUACGUAAAGUACCAAUGAAGAAUCUCCCCAUUAUUUCCGAACCAUUUUCGCGUGUUGCUAUAGAUUUAGUAGGACCUUUUUCACCUAGUUCAGAUAGAGGAAACAAGUAUGUGCUUACUUUGAUCGACUACGCGACACGAUAUCCCGAAGCUGUACCUCUGAAAAACAUUGAUACCAUAACCGUUGCGGAAAGCUUGGUAGAAAUAUUUUCGAGAGUUGGUGUCCCGCGAGAGAUCUUAUCUGAUCGCGGUUCUCAAUUCAAAUCUGAUCUCAUGAGUGAAAUUCACAGAAUGUUAUCUGUUAAAGCUUUAUAUACUAGUCCCUAUCAUGCUUCAUGUAAUGGUGCUGUAGAAAGGCUGAACGGUGUCUUAAAAUCAAUGAUAAAGAAACUUUGCGUAGAUCACCCGAAAGCUUGGGAUCGCUAUAUACCUGCUGCCCUAUUUGCUUACAGAGAAAUUCCGAACGACAGUCUUAAGUUUUCUCCAUUUGAGUUAUUGUAUGGACGUCAAAUUCGUGGACCUUUAACAAUUUUACACGAGUUAUGGACAAAAACUGACAUCGAUAGUGACGUAAAAACUACCUAUCAGUAUGUUUUAGAUUUACGCUCACGUCUUGAGGAGACUGCGAAACUUGCAGCUGCUCAAGCGGAGAUUAGCGGUCGUAAUUAUAAGAGCUAUUACGAUCUUAAAACUAAAUGCCGCAAGUUAAACACAGGUGAUGAAGUAUUGGUCUUGUUACCCUCUAGCAGUAAUAAAUUGAUGAUGCAAUGGCUUGGUCCUUACCCCGUUGUGCAUUGCAAAGACAAUGGCGUAGAUUACGUUGUUAAAGUGCGUGGUAUGAAAAAGCUAUUUCACAUCAACAUGCUAAAAAGGUACUUCCGCCGUGACGGCGGCAAAAGCAAAAGCGAAAGUGAAAUUGCUCAGGUAUGCGUAGUUGAAGAAGAGAACCAAGUGGGUAAUAACUGUGAACCAGUUUAUUUUGACAUAGAUGGUAUUAAUAACAUUAAUGUUGGUAAUGAACUAACUGAAAUUCAAAUUAGUGAGUUAAAAGGGAUUCUAAGUAAAUUUACUGAUGUACUGACUGACAAACCGGGUCUAACCAAUACAAUAGAGCAUGUCAUUAAUAUAAACUCUAGUAAACCUGUACGUAAGAAACCAUAUCCCAUCCCUAACAGCCUAGUUAAUGAUUUCAACACCGAGAUUGACAAGAUAGCCCUAAAUGACGUAAGUGACUUAGAUGCUGAGCCCAUGCCUAAUACCGAAGAGGCUCUCGGAAGAUUUGUGAACGAUAUUUAUUUCACUGAAAUAGAUCUUUGUAGAGGAUAUUGGCAAAUACCCUUGUCGAAAGAAUCAAAAAUGUAUACUGCGUUUGCCACUCAUAGGGGUCUUAUGCAAUUCAGAGUUAUGCCUUUCGGAUUAAAGUCCGCUUGUGCAACCUUCAUAAGACUAAUGAGGAAAGUGGUCUCCGAAUUGAAAAAUACUGACUGUUAUUUUGAUAAUAUUGUAAUCCAUAAUAAUGAUUGGUCUGAACACCUACAGGACGUGAAAGAUCUUUUGCUGCGUCUACGUAAGCAUAGUUUAACUGCAAGCCCUAGUAAGUGUUUCUUUGGUUUUUCCAAAAUCAAAUAUUUGGGAGUUUUGUUAGGAGAUAAUUGUAUUAGUCCUCUCGAAUCUAAAAUCAAUGCUAUCUUGGUGAUGCCUUUGCCUGUGAAUAAGAAGCAAUUAAGAUCUUUCAUCGGGACUGUAGGUUAUUACCGCAAGUUUGUUCCUAAUUUUGCAAGUAUUGCAGCUCCUUUGCAUGAUCUCCUCAAGAAAAAUAGUAGUAAUAGAUUACAGUGGAAUGAGGAGAAAGUAAAAUGCUUCAACAAACUAAAGUUGUCCUUGGUAUGUAAACCAAUACUUUGUUUGCCAGACGAUUCAAAGACUUUUUAUGUUCGUACUGAUGCUUCUGAUAUUGGUCUCGGAGCAGUAUUACUACAGGAUGUGAACAAUAUUAACAUGCCUAUUUGUUACGCUAGUCGGAAAUUACUAGACAGAGAAGCAAAAUAUGCUGCUAUUGAAAAGGAAUGUCUUGCCAUAGUUUGGGCAAUUCAAAAGUUUAAAGUAUAUUUGUAUGGAAGAGACUUUGUCUUGCAGACAGACCAACAACCUCUUGUUUAUCUCAAGAAUAUGAAAAAUGGUAAUGGUAGGUUAAUGCGCUGGGCUUUGGCGCUACAGUGUUACUCAUUUACUGUUGAGUAUAUAAAAGGCAGCGAAAAUGUAGGAGCUGACAUUCUUAGUCGUUGCCCUAUACCUGAAUAG